AUGCGCUGGAUCAAGAAGGGGCUAGACUGGCUCACGGCACGAGAUAGUCUGUUCGCGUGGAAACAUGUUGACCCCAUAACCACUGCCCUAUGGAGGAGGUGUGGUGGCACGUUCAGGAUCCUGAAGCUCCUGAAGCUCUGUCUCAGGACGUACUUCACGUUCGACGGGACAAUCUACGAACAGGUGAAGGGCACACCAAUGGGUUCGCCGAUUUUGGGAUUCAUCGCCGAGGCGGUCCUGCAACGGUUAGAGUCGCUGGUCUUCCAACACCACAGACCGAAAUUCUGGGCCCGGUAUGUGGAUGAUACCUUCGUCGUCAUCGAACGGGAUCAGGUGUUGACAUUCCAAGAACAUCUCAACGCCGUCUUCCCGGACAUUCAAUUUACGAUGGAGGAGGAAGAGAACAGCCAGCUGGCCUUCCUGGAUGUCCUCGUAUGCCGCAAGGAUUGUGGUGGACUAAAGACCAAAGUGUUCAGGAAAGCGACAAAUAAGAUGCAAGUACUGAACUUCAACAGUAACCACCCAAUCAGCCACAAACGCAGUUGUGUAAGGACGCUCUAUCGGCGUGUCGAAACGCACUGCAGUGAGCCGGAAGACACAAUUGCUGAACUACAAUGCCUCCGACGGGUCUUCAAAGCCAAUAGCUACCCGCGCAACUUCGUCGACCGGUGCAUACGCAAAAGGGACGAAAGGCCUAACCGCACGGACACCAAAUCUUAG